AUGUACAAUGAGAUAGAUGGUAACUUUGAUGACGUCACCAUCAGUACUUUCAAGAGUGGCCUCCCAACCGAGCAUGGUUUAAGGAAGUCCCUAACUAGAAAACCUGUCACCAGCCUGCGCCAACUCAUGAACCGGAUUGACAAGUAUAAGAGGGUUGAGGAAGACCAGCAACUAAGUAAAGGAAAGGGUAAGGCUAUCCCUCAGGAGAGGAGGGAUUUUAGGUCGGACCGAUAUAGUAAUAACCGACCUCGGAGAGAUUUCACUGGACAAUCAGGGUCUGCCAACACCCAGACAGUUAAUGCACUGGUUCGAGAAGGGAAGUUGAAGCAGCUACUCCACCAUUUCAGUGGCCAAGCGGAGCAAACAGGUUUGGAUCCUCAGAGAGAUGCUUCUUCAAGGCCUUCUCUAGGAACGAUCAAUGUCAUUUUUGCUGCUUUUGGUAGGAUCGAUUCUUGUCCCUCUAGAGUGAUGUUUGUGGCUCAGCUAUCCACCGAGGACAACAAUUCAGAGCCAAAAAGAGCCAGAAUAAAGAUCCCACCGGUCCUGGGCUACUCGAACGUGAAUAAGAUCGGAACCAUCCAAUUCCAUGACGAUGCUUUGGAGGUCACACUCAAGAUAGGGGAGUAUGAUGUGAAGAAAUUGUCGGUAGACCAGGGCAGUGUUGUCGAGAUAAUGUACCCUGACUUGUAA